GGGCCUGUGAUCGCUGAGGGGCGAGCAGUUGCGAUCCUGGGCUCCUGGGGACCUGAGCGUCAUGUCUUUCCGCGACCUCCGCAGUAAGGCAGCCCCGCGCCCCUGUGACCUGCGGGUCUUCCAGAGAUUCAGGGCUCCCGCCCGCCGGGUCCCCUGUGUAGGCGAUCCCUGAGGCUUGCGCUGCCGGAGGCUCCUUUCGGGCCUCUGCGCCUCAGGGACCGCCUGACCCGCGGCUGCAACCCGGCCGAGCGUCCCAGGCCCUUCUUCGGCCAUUUCUAGCGAGGAUGGAAAGUUCUCUAUCUGCCACUGGCCGCGUGUGGCUCAGAACGCUUGAAAUGUGGCUAGUGCAGAUGAAUAACUGAAUUUUUAAGUGUAAUUUAUUUCUAUUUGUGUAGCUGCAUGCCGCUCUUCGCUACCGUAUUGGAAAAUGCAUGGAGAGUUUAGAGACUAUUUUGCCGAGGCGGGCGAAUCACCUGAGGUCGGGAGUUCGAGACCAGCCUGACCAACAUGGAGAAAACUCGUCUCUACUAAAAUUACAAAUUAGCUGGGGGUGGUGGCGGGCGCCUGUAAUCCCAGCUGCUCGGGAAUCUGAAGCAGGAGAAUCGCUUUGGAGGUUGUGGUGAGCCGAGAUCGGGCCAUUGCACUCCAGCCUAGGCAACAAGAGCGAAACAACAUCUCAAAAAACAAAAAACAAACAAACAAAAAAAAAACAACCAGCAACGAAACCGAGGAGAGGAGGCUGGGUGAUAAUCAUUGCGGCUAACAUUUUUUGAGUUUUAACGAUCUGCCAGGGCCCGCUCUGUGUUAUGCGCAUCAUUUCAAUCAUCCGAACAACUCUGUGCCCCCUGUAUUUGGUAGUGAGGAAACGGGCACAGAGAGGUCAGGUAACUUGGGCAGGUGACACAGGCGGUAGGAGGUGGCACUGGGGCUUGAAUUCAGGUUGCCUGAACUCCAGACAUCCUGAACUCCAUCUGCAUCCUUUCUGCAGGGCUGAUUUCACAGAGAUGAUGAGAGCCCUGGGAUACCCUCGACAUAUUUCUAUGGAAAAUUUCCGUACACCCAAUUUUGGACUUGUAUCUGAAGUGCUUCUCUGGCUUGUGAAAAGAUAUGAGCCCCAGACUGACAUCCCGCCUGACGUGGACACUGAACAGGACCGAGUUUUCUUCAUUAAGGCAAUUGCCCAGUUCAUGGCCACCAAGGCACAUAUAAAACUCAACACUAAGAAGCUUUAUCAAGCAGAUGGGUAUGCGGUAAAAGAGCUGCUGAAGAUCACAUCUGUCCUUUAUAAUGCUAUGAAGACCAAGGGGAUGGAGGGCUCUGAAAUAGUAGAGGAAGAUGUCAACAAGUUCAAGUUUGAUCUUGGCUCAAAGAUUGCAGAUUUGAAGGCAGCCAGGCAGCUUGCGUCUGAAAUCACCUCCAAAGGAGCAUCUCUGUAUGACUUGCUCGGCAUGGAAGUAGAGUUGAGGGAAAUGAGAGCAGAAGCCAUUGCCAGACCUCUGGAAAUAAACGAGACUGAAAAAGUGAUGAGAAUUGCAAUAAAAGAGAUUUUGACACAGGUUCAGAAGACUAAAGACCUGCUCAAUAAUGUGGCCUCUGAUGAAGCUAAUUUAGAAGCCAAAAUCGAAAAGAGAAAAUUAGAACUGGAAAGAAAUCGGAAGCGACUAGAGACUCUGCAGAGUGUCAGGCCAUGUUUUAUGGAUGAGUAUGAGAAGACUGAGGAAGAAUUACAAAAGCAGUAUGACACUUAUCUGGAGAAAUUUCAAAAUCUGACUUAUCUGGAACAACAGCUUGAAGACCAUCAUAGGAUGGAGCAAGAAAGGUUUGAGGAAGCUAAAAACACUCUCUGCCUGAUACAGAACAAGCUCAAGGAGGAAGAGAAGCGCCUGCUCAAGAGUGGAAGUAACGAUGACUCGGAAAUAGACAUCCAGGAGGACGAUGAAUCCGACAGUGAGUUGGAAGAAAGGCGGCUGCCCAAGCCACAGACAGCCAUGGAGAUGCUCAUGCAAGGAAGACCUGGCAAACGCAUUGUGGGCACGAUGCAAGGUGGAGACUCCGAUGACAAUGAGGACUCGGAGGAGAGUGAAAUUGACAUGGAAGAUGAUGAUGACGAGGAUGACGAUUUGGAAGAUGAGAGCAUUUCUCUCUCACCAACCAAGCCCAAUCGAAGGCUCCGGAAAUCUGAACCCCUGGAUGAGAGUGACAAUGACUUCUGACCCUUUUGCCAAGGGACCCUGGCAGAUUAAAACCCUCAGACUUGUAGGUAAAUGGGAACUUAGAAGGUUAGGAAGGUAACGCCUGUUUUGUUUACUAAGCUGGCUGGACUCAUGAUCACUGAAGCAAUACUUAUUUCUGCUUUAGCCUCCUAUGUUUGCAUUCCAUGAAGCUUAAAUAAGAAUUGAAGCAAAUCCCUAAGAUUUAUUUUUUUCCACCUUAUUUAUCUUCUAAAACUUGAGGAAUGCAUGUGUUCUUAGUGAUUCACAUCCACGGGACAAAAACUCAAGAAGAAAUAAGAGCUGACGCCACACACGUCUUGGCUGCUUUUGUUACUAUACAUUUUCUCUGAGACUCCAGCAGAGUUGGGGCUGGAACUUGGCACUGGGGACUCAUGUUUGGAAUCGUAGGGGAACAUCUGGCUGUUAAUCACUUGCACAGUUGAGAACAUUUCCUAUACGUCGGCUUUUAAUUCUAGCUCUUAUUUCAUUUUGUAAUCUUAUUUUCUUUCUUCUGCAUGUUCACAAUACCAAGCAUUAAAUGUAUUUUAAUAGCUAAAAUUUUCUGAAAGAAGGUUAGCUAAAGUUAAAUGAAAACUUGGUUUCUUUGAAAAUCAGGCAAUAGAGACAGGCUCCAGAUGAGGAAUCCUCCAUUUUCUGUCCGAAGCUGACAUUCCUCUGGGAGUCCAGUUCACCUUGGAUUACAGCCACCUUCAUGUUUCCACGGUUGGUACUAAAUCUGGAAACUCUGGUGACCUGGGCUGCCCUCUCGGAAACUCCAGACUCCCAUGGCAAUGACAGCCGGGACACUCUUCUUCCCUCCAGCCAGGGUUUCUCUGAAGGAGCUUUGUUUUGUCUAAAGUGUGGCAAGACAUAGUGCACAACACAGGGACAAAGGCAGGUUUCCUGCAGCUCACUACCUAAGUGUUUCUGUAGGGGAAGGAGCCAAUUAAGAAAAAGUGUUGGUACAGAUUCAUGUUUCUGAUUUAAAAAAACAGCAACACAGGAUUGAAUUAAGUAGAGUAGUAGCACUAGAAGAAUUUUUCUGUUGUGAAAUUAGAAGUGGAGUUGGUUUUUUUCUUUUUUCUUCUUCUUUUUUUUUAAUAUGAAAAGUACUUAGCUGGGAGUGGUGGCAAGCGCCCUUGGGUCCAGCUACUCAGGAGGCCAAGGUGGGAGGAUCACUUGAGCCCAGGAGUUUUAGACUAGCCUGGACAACUAAGUGAGACUCCAUCUCUACAAAAAAUUUAAAAAUUAGCCAGGUGUGGAGGGGCAUGCCUGUGGUCUCAGCUAUUCAGGAGGCUGAGGCAGGAGAAUCACUUGAGACCAGGAAGUUGAGGCUGCAAUGAGCCGUGAUCAUGCCACUGCACUCCAGCCUGGGUGACAGAGUGAGACCCUGUCUUUAAAAAAAAGAAAAAGAAAAGCACACUGCUUGUAAAAAGCGUACAGUAGGUCAGGCAUGGUGGCUCAUGCCUGUAAUCCUAGCACUUUGAGAGGCUGAGGUGGGUAGAUCACCUGAGGUCAGGGGUUUGAGACCAGCCUGGCCAACAUGGCGAAACCCCACCUCUACUAAAAAUACAAAAAUUAGCCGUGCGUGAUAGCGCAUGCCUGUAACCCCAGCUACUGGGGAGGCUGAGGCAGGAGAAUCGCUUGAACCUAGGAGGCGGAGGUUGCAGUGAGCCGAGAUGGCGCCACUGCACUCCAGCCUGGGCAGCAGAGUGAGACUCCAUCGCAAAAAAAAAAAAAAAAAAAAAAAAGCAUACAGUAAAUAGAAAAGCACAAAACAGUUUUCACUUAUUUUACAAUUAAAAAGUCAGAAGACUUCUGAAGUUACUUAUCUUUUAAUGCAUGUAUUUAACACCAUACUUCAUAUUAUUAAAUAGGUUUUACUUAAAAAUAUAAUUAUUUUAUUUGUACCUGUCAGAUAUAAAUACUUAUUCAGGAGUUCACAGGUAUGAAAAGAUACACAUAAAUUUUAGGAACUUUUGAGUUAUUUCUGUCAUUUUUGCUUUUUUCUCUUUCUUUUCCUAAAUUUUAUGUAUAAGAUUACCCCUUAAAAAAAAAAAAAAACAGCCAGUAUUCAGUGAAUUCACCAGUAAUUUGAAAUGCACCAUAUUGUAAAUGAUCCACUGACAGGGAAGCCAGCGUGUUGGAGCCAUGCCAGCCACCUCAGACACCGUGGCUCUAAGAUGCGGAAGAGUCACUGCAUCUUCUUGAAUGUUACAGAUUUGGUUUGCCUGAAUGUGACUUGACUUCUGUUUUGAAAAAACAUACGAAUAGAGUUCUGUUUUCCUUAUGUGAUGCUUUCUUCUAACACACUUUAACACAGAAGCCUAACCUAGCUACAAAGAGCCUAUCCACAGACAUAGGCAACAGCUCCAAAGGGUAUUUCAUUGUGUCACCUGCUUCUAGAUCAUCUGUUAGUUAACUGACUUUGUGCAAGGUCUCACCAUGUAUAGCACUGCCUUGCUUGAGCACGGAAGUUUCUGUCAACAGCAAGCUUUAUGUGCUCUAUCAUUUUUAUUAAAGUAUUUCAGUCAAUAGUGA